GAUUCUGGCAGGUACUUUAUGCAAUGAGUCAAGAAGCUGGCAAACCUGCCUGGCCCAGACCAGUGGGAGGAUAUCAGACUAUUACAGGUGGAAGAUAUGGAAGAAGACAUGCUUGUGUUGGUUUUAGACCAUAUCUGAAUAGCCAAGACAGAGGUGAGCAUCAAUACUAUGGAGACUGUGAACAGUUAGAAUUGGAGGAUGUUCAGAGUGGUAUUUUUUUAUGUACCAGUCCAAGAUUUCAAGUUUCUCCUGGUUUGCUAGAUGAACCUUUGUCAGAAAAUACUGGAACUGGAGAGCCCAUUUGCCGAAGUGUAUCAACCCAAACUGUUGAAGGGAACACAUCAUCAUUUUCUCUAUUCUCUUAUGGUCUGGAAGGCAGACAGAUCUCAAGGAACUCUGUGAAUACUUACGGAAAAUCUGAGGACCUUGCAGAAUAUGCAUCUGGAGAGCAUAAUGAUUUGAAUGAUCAGAAUGGAAUAGCGUUUGUAAACAUUGACUCUCAUAAGCCAGAUAGCAGUGAUGGAGAGGAAGAUGAUGCUCAAGACGGUUUUUCUUUGGCAAGAGAAAAAGCAGGUGUAUUUCCGGGAACACUAGAUAACAUGCUUCCUGAGUUAGUAAAAGACUCCAUGCCUUUUUCUGACUUAGAGUCCCAAUUGUCUGCUCUCAGCCACAGUAUUUCUGGAGAAUGUUGCGAAGCAGCAGGACCAGUGCCCUUAAUGACAUAUUCAGACUUGGCAUGUUCAAACAACAGAACAUUUAAAUUGUAUGCUGAAGAUCAAACUAUACCAAAAAGUAACACAAGUGAUGUCAAUUGUGAAAUACAGCAGAUACAAAGUAUAGUGGAUGCUGGCUUCAGAACCCCUAUAGCAAUUGCUAAUGAACUCAGUGUCAGUGAUGGAAAGAUUGAUGAAAGCAGUUCGCCUGAGUGUGUGGUGAGACCUAAAAUAAGGAAACAAAAUACUGUAAAACAGUUGGAGAGGGUGAAGCUUCUCCCUAGUGGUGAUGAAGAAAAUGAAUUUGCUGAAGUCCAGCAAAGUUGUGGUGAGUGUGGCAGCAAAGAAGAGAUGAGUUCUAGUAUCUUCUUUGACUCAAGAGAUUGUGAAGGUGAUCGAGAAGACACAGAAAUAGACCUAAGGAAAAAUGCAGCAGCUCAAGAACAGAAAAGUGUUCUAGACUUUUGGAAUGAGAUUGAAGACCGCAGCAGACGCUUAUCAGUGUCCCACAGAGAUGAAUACAGCUCAGAACGGAGUGAUGGGGAACGGUCUACAACUGUGUCUACCUAUUUUACUGCUACAGAAAAAGGCCAGUCCUCAAGUGGUGAGAGCUGGGCAACUGUCCCAGGCAAGGAGGAACGUGAGCCUGAAGUGCAGAGCAGCAGCAGUGGUGUAGAAGAGAACACAAACGUCUUCCAAGGAGGGCCACAGGCAUUCCCUGAUCCUUUUUUGGAGGAAGGAGAGAGUCCUUGGUUACAGUACCGAGGAGGACUACAAAGUAGUAGUGAUGUAGAAAAUGAUCUACUUAGUGAUUUCAUGCGUCCUGGAUUCUUCCUGUUGGAUGGAAAUAAUAACCUUGAGGAUGACUCCAGUGUGAGUGAAGACCUGGAUGUGGAGUGGAGAGUACUUGAUGAAGCUGAUGGCCUAAGACUUGCUCAAGCCUUUCCUUAUGUGAAUCCUCAGUAUCUCUCAUCUGUGGCAGUAGAGGAACGCUUACACCAAGCUAUGGAGAAUGCUCUGGCACAUUUGGAGUUACUUGGAAUUGAACAGGCUCCUCCACCAGCUACUAAAGAAACCAUAGAAUGUUUGCCACAGAUUGUUGUCACAGAUGACCACGAUGGUGAAGAGCAGCGUUGUACUGUCUGUUGCAGCGAAUAUGUGAGAGGUGAAAUCAUGACAGAGCUACCUUGUCAUCAUUUGUUUCACAAACCUUGUGUUACUCUUUGGUUACAGGAAUCAGGAACAUGCCCAGUUUGUCGUCAUGUGCUUGCACCUGUGCUUCCUGAAGCAGCUGCUGCUACUGUUCCCUUUCAGUCAAACAGUGAUUCAGCAUCUUCUGUUCACAGUGCUACAGGAGCUUCAAACUAGGGUCUGAAACAAAAUUUGUCACCACAAUAAAUGUAAAUUUUGUCUGUUUAAUUACAAUGUGAAAGCAAUGAUGUACAAGAUAUUAUAUGUAAAAUACUAUCUGUAUUAUAUAUUUCACCUUGGAAAGAGGUUGCAAGACUUUCUAAACUCUUUUAA